AUGAGACCGAGACCCCCCCGUUAUCACUCCUCCGGUGAUCGUAACCACCACCUACACCACUACCACCUGCCCAAACCAGUAACCUGGACCACCGUAACAAGCGGCACGUCAACCUACACCCAUCCCGUGACCCAGACCAGCACGAUCACCGUGACGUCUAUUUCUACCUGCACUGAGGGUUGCGCUGAGCCCACAGCCCCUCCUGCGAAGCAUACGACUCCCACCGUUGAUUCCACAACUUCUGUCGUGGUGCCUCCUCCAGAUAGUAAGACUACUGUUCCAGCCACUGAGCCCAGCGCCCCGGCUACUGAGCCUACUAUCCCGGCCACGGAGCCCACUGCUCCAUCUACUGAGCCUACUGCCCCGGCACAGUCGAGCCCUAUUACUACUCCCACCUCCGCUCCCCCUACUUCCUCCUCGCCAGUUUUCAAUAGUGCUCCCGCUAUUCAGAAGUCGGCCGCAGCCUUCAUCCCUGGCUUGGUUCUGCUGUUUGCUCUGCUCUAA